AUGGUGACCGCCGAGGCCGCGAUGGCGGUCGUGAGGGCCACGCGCCCCGUCUUCAUUUCCGCCCACGACGGCAUCGCGUUCGCUGCAAACGCCGCGUUCCUCGCCGACGGAUACUCCCUCUGCGCCGCCGGUCCUGCCGCGCUCAUGGAUCGCCUGCCCGCAGACGAGGUGGAGGUGGGAUUUGAGGGUUGGAACAGUAUGUACAACUGCUAUGCCUUUUUGUACUCCAAGGAGGAGGAGGGCAAGAAGAAGUGCAUCUUAAUGGAAUGUCUACGGAUUGCUGACUUCCUUGCUAUUAAUGCGCGAGAUCUUGAGGCACGACACAAGAAACCCUGCAAUGUCCACAUAAAUGUGAAGGAUUUCUUCUCUGAAGAACAGACCAGGAAGUAUAAAGAUUUGUACAAGAAUUUUCCGGACUUCAUUAAUAUCCUGAACUUAAGCUUAUUGGCUGAAUUGAAUGGUAAGGAUGCUGCUGCCGCCCAGAAUCCUAAUGUUGAGAGCAGUUCGUCAAUAAACAGUUCUGGAAAUGUUACGUGCGAAAACCCAAGUACAAGGAUAACUGAACCAGCCGGUUCUGAAUAUGUUCUGUGGGAAAACCGGAGUAUAAGGAUGAUUGAACCUGCCGGGCUGAUUUAUCCUCCAGUAGCUCCAGUUGGUCAUGAUGACACCUUCCCUGUUCCUGAUGUUGGCUUCUACCCUCACAGUGGUGGGACAGGUGGUAGUAUGCACGUUGGUCCAAAUGAUCCACGUUUCUUUCCUACAAAUCCUUCUACUCCUUUUGGUGACCUUGGGUAUAGUGUUCCGCCCGGUGGUCGCUACGAUCCAAUUGGCCCGCCUGAUGUUCCAGGAUUUGAACCAUCUCGCUUUGUGAGGCAUUCGAGGCAUUCAAAUCCUUCAGGUGGAAGCACUCACCCAGACCUUGAGUUCUUCCAGCAAGGCCCAGACUUCUUCUGA